UAGCUGAAGCAGUUAAACCGGAACUUAAGAAACACCAGAAACAGAAGAGUUUUUAUUCCACUAAGUGUCUGUUCACAUGUUCAGUGGAGGAUGUGUGUUAGACAUGGCAGAGUUCCUGUGUGUGUUUAAUCUACACCUGCUGUUUGGUGUCAUCAGUCUGAAUCUCCUUCAGAUCAUUUCAGCUGAUCUGCUAUCUGUUGAUCCUGGACAAAACAUCACUCUGCUCUGUAACAUCACUAAUUACUCAGAGAUAUCGUGGUAUCACAUGAACUCAACAGACGUGAGGAAGCUCAUUUUGGCCAAACAAAGGAAACUGGACAAACACUUUUACGUUGACCAUAAUGAGAAUAAGAGUCACUUUGCUCUAACACAAAGCAGCAGUUCAGUCAGUUUAGUGAUUAUUGGAGUUAGAGAGACAGAUCUGGGAUUUUAUUACUGUGGAGGUCGAAAUGAGGAGCUGCACACUGAGUUUGGGAAACCCAUCGGACUGAACUUUACAGGUAGCAGUGAUAAUGAGAGAGAUUCUUCAUCUGAGGAUUCAGAUUCACACCAGAUUGGAGGAAAUGGGAACAUCUGGAUUACAAAUAUGAUCAUAAUUUGUGUGUGCUCCAUUUCUGUUCUAAUAAACAUCAUCUGUGUGUGUGUGUUCUGCAGCAGGGUGCAAGAAAUAUCAACAUCAUCAUGUUGCAGUCACACCACCAGCUUCAAUGAAAAGGAUGAAAACAUUCAUUAUGUCAGUGUUCAAUACAAAAGAAAGUCCAGGAGAUCUGCUAAGAAAAACACAGCAUCAGAUCUGGACAGCGUGACCUAUGCAACAGUUGCCUCACAAUAACCAACAUAAGCAAAUCUACUAGACAUCAUGAAUGGCAGCUCAUCUUAAAUGAUCCCUGCAAGACUGAAUUGCUGUUCAUCCCUGGAGGUGCAUCCCCAAGAUCGUCUGGUUUAUCUGGAGAACUACCACAUUGCACAUCAUGGACAACCAACUACUUUUGUAGCUAACUCGAUUUGGUCAUGGAUUCUCAUUUACGUCAGGAGGAUUUGGUAAUUUCUUUUCACAGAGACCACAGAUGCUUGAUCAUGUGAGAAAUAUGCAUCUACCUCCUGGCAGGUCUUUUGAAUAAUAUACAGACAGUCCAAUGAAACCCCAAAACAACUGAAAAAAGCUCUCCACUCACUGAAUAUGCUAUGUGAACUGGGAACUGAUUUUCUUUGUAAAAGAGCUUUAAUAACCAUUGUCAUAAAACAUACAAGGCUUGAUUUUGCACAUUUUGUAGUAUUGUGAUUGGACCACAGAAUUGUGUUCUGAAAAUGUGUGGCUGGAUUAAACUCUGUCCCAUAAGGUGAUCUUUAUUAGGUAGCAUUUUGUUCAAGGUACCAGCAGUGGCAGCUUGGUGGACCUGGGAUUUGAAUUCACAACCUCAAUAAAAGCAAACUGUUAGCCGUUUAUGCUGGCAGCUAUUGCAUCUUGAUUAUAAUUAAGUAGUUAACAUCUCCUAACCUGUAGUCUUACCUUGUAAAAAUUAAACAAAUAACAUUUUUUGCUCAUGUAUCACAAAGUAAUCUAAUUUUCAUGUUUUCUCUUAUGCUCUGUCUUAUAUUUCUGUACAAAUUAGGU